CGGAUACAUACAGGUGGUCCGAUAAACAGCAUGACCGCCAUAUAAAUUCCUAUCUAAGGGCAUGUUCGUCCAUAAAAGAUCAACUACAGCUAGUGCUUCGUUUCGAUAUCCCGCGCGACAUCUCCCAUCCAAGCUCCCUCCCGUUUGGAAGAAACGAACCAAGGGUUUCGCUCUCUCUCUCUCUCUCUCUCUCUCAGUGAGUACGAUAACAUGGCAGCUGCAACUGCCUCAGCGUCGGUGGUCCCGCGGAACCGGAACGGACCGGGUCGUAGCGGCGCGGCGGACGAUGACAACUUGGUGUUCGAGACGAGCCCUGGGGUUGAGGUUGUCAGCAGCUUCGACCAGAUGGGGAUCCGAGACGAUCUCCUCCGCGGCAUCUACGCCUACGGAUUCGAGAAACCUUCUGCGAUUCAGCAGCGGGCCGUGAUGCCCAUCAUCAACGGCAGGGAUGUCAUCGCCCAGGCCCAGUCUGGGACCGGCAAGACUUCCAUGAUCGCCCUCACUGUCUGCCAGAUGGUCGAUACUGCUACCCGAGAGGUGCAGGCAUUAAUUGUGUCUCCCACAAGAGAACUCGCCUCACAAACUGAGAAAGUAAUUUUGGCUAUUGGCGACUACAUAAAUAUACAAGCCUACGCAUGCAUUGGAGGCAAGAGUAUAGGAGAGGAUAUAAGGAAGCUGGAAUAUGGAGUUCAUGUGGUGUCUGGAACGCCCGGCAGAGUCUGUGACAUGAUCAAGAGAAGAACUUUACGUACCAGAGCUAUCAAACUACUAGUCCUCGAUGAAUCUGAUGAGAUGUUGAGCCGAGGAUUCAAGGAUCAGAUAUAUGAUGUUUACAGAUAUCUUCCACCUGAGCUUCAGGUCAUAUUGAUAUCUGCAACCUUGCCUCAUGAAAUUUUGGAGAUGACAAACAAGUUUAUGACAGAUCCUGUUAGGAUACUUGUUAAGCGUGAUGAAUUGACCUUGGAAGGCAUCAAACAGUUCUUUGUUGCUGUCGAAAGAGAAGAGUGGAAAUUCGAUACUCUCUGUGAUCUCUAUGAUACCCUUACAAUCACACAAGCCGUUAUUUUCUGCAACACAAAGAGAAAGGUGGACUGGUUGACUGAAAAAAUGCGUAGCUGUAACUUUACAGUCUCGUCAAUGCAUGGUGACAUGCCUCAGAAGGAGCGAGAUGCAAUAAUGGCAGAGUUCCGUUCGGGAACAACCCGUGUCCUCAUAACAACAGAUGUGUGGGCACGGGGGCUUGAUGUUCAGCAGGUUUCGUUGGUGAUCAAUUAUGACCUUCCAAACAACCGAGAGCUUUACAUCCACCGUAUAGGUCGCUCUGGCCGUUUUGGGCGCAAGGGUGUGGCUAUUAACUUUGUGCGGAGUGAUGACAUUAGGAUUCUAAGGGACAUAGAGCAGUAUUACAGCACUCAAAUUGAUGAGAUGCCUAUGAACGUGGCUGACCUGAUAUGAGAUCCAGCUGGUUUGCAAUUAAACAAGGGCCUGGCUCCUAUUUACUGCCAUGGAUAGUGUGGAAGGCUUGUCUUUUUUGUGCUUUUAUUGACUAGGGGUUUGUGAAUUUGGUGAUGGAGAUAGGCAAGAACAGAAUUGGGCUUUUGAUUUGAUGCUUUAGCCAGGUUGAUGGUUUUGGUUGUACUAAUAUCUUUCUCUGGUGUGUAAAACAAAAGGAAAAGAGCAUAGUGAUUAUCCAAUGAUGGAUUCCCACAACUGUGGAUUCCAUUUUU